UGGUCACUGUUCUGGUUUCGGAGCCGGGACGGCGAUGAUUCUGUUGAAAAAUAGUUAAAACCUCUUGUUAUAUUUGGACUUAAAUUGACGUCAAAAUGAGCUGGAUUCCAUUCAAGAUUGGACAACCCAAGAAACAGAUUGUUUCGAAAACCGUUGAAAGGGACUUUGAACGCGAAUAUGAAAAACUUCAAAAGUUGGAAGACCAGACAAAGAAGCUACAUAAAGACAUGAAGAAAAGCACCGAGGCUGAUAUAGCCAUGUCCAAAGCGGCAGUGAAGAUCUCGGCAGAUCUGUUGAGUAACCCACUGUGUGAACAGGACCAGGCAUUUCUGGAGUCCAUGACGGCUUUGGACACCGCCAUGAGAAGGAUGGACUCUUUCAAUCAGGAGAAAGUGAAUCAAAUCCAGAAGACGGUGAUAGACCCUCUAAAAAAGUACAGCAGUGUGUUUCCCAGUCUGAACAUGGCGGUGAAGAGGAGGGAACAGGCUCUUCAGGACUACAAGAGACUUCAGUCCAAAGUGGAAAAAUAUGAGGAAAAGGAAAAAACUGGACCAAUCAUGGUCAAACUGCACCAGGCCAGGGAGGAACUGCGGCCGGUCAGGGAGGAUUUUGAGGCGAAGAAUAAACAGCUGCUGGACGAGAUGCCCAAAUUCUACCAGAGUCGUUUAGACUAUUUCCAGCCCAGCUUUGAAGCUCUCAUUCGUGCACAGGUGGUGUACUUCACAGAGAUGCAUAAUAUCUUCAGUGAGCUGACGGAUCAGAUUGAUCAGGGCGGCCUGACGGAUGAACAGAGGGUUCGAGAGAACGAGGCCAAACUCAAUGAGCUACGGGCCCUGUCCAUAGUGGCAGACGACUGAGAGAGAGUGAGAGAG